AUGGCGCGGACGGAGGCCCAGGCGCGCGCGAUGUACGACCUGUGGCUCGUGCGGCACGGCAAGGCGUACACCAACGCCAUCGGCGGCGACGUCGAGCACGACCGCCGCUUCCGGGCGUUCUGGGACAACCUCAGGUUCGUGGACGCGCACAACGCCCGCGCCGGCGCGCGCGGCUACCGCCUCGGGAUGAACCGCUUCGCCGACCUCACCAACGAGGAGUUCCGCGCCACCUACCUCGGCGCCAGCGCCGCGGGCAGCAGGGGACGCACAAACGCUGACGGGAAGAGAUACCGCCACGUACGACGGCGUCGAGGCCCGGAGUUCGUGGACUGGAGGCAGAGGGGCGUCGUCGCUCCCGUCAAGAACCAAGUUCAUUGCGGUAGCUGCUGGGCGUUCUCCGCGGUCGGCGCGGUGGAAGGGAUCAACAAGAUCGUCACCGGCAGCCUCGUGACGCUGUCGGAGCAGGGGCUGGUGGACUGCUCCAAGAACGGGCAGAACAGCGGGUGCAACGGCGGGAUGAUGGACGACGCCUUCGCCUUCAUCGCCUGGAACAGCGGCAUCGACACCGACGAGGACUACCCCUAUACCGCCCGGGACGGCAAGUGCGACCUCGCGAAGAAGGGCCGCAAGGUCGUGUCCAUCGACGGCUUCGAGGACCGUCCCCGGAACGACGAGAUGUCGCUGCAGAAGGCUGUCGCGCAUCAGCCAGUCACCGUCGCCAUCGAGGCCGGCGGCCGCCAGUUCCAGCUCUACGAAUCGGUUAGCUAG